CAAGCGGACGACAUUUUGCUGCUGUCCACGUCGCCAGAGGGCCUACAAUCCAAGCUCGACUCCCUAGCAUCCUGGUGCUUGCGCAAUGGGCUCGCGGUCAACGUAUCAAAGAGCUUCUUACUCGCGUUCGGACCUCUGCCACUUGCCCUGCCUCGAAUCACCCUCUAUGGCGAACGACUGCAGCUGACGGACUGUACCGCCUACGUGGGCGUGUUGCUGGCGACGUCGAAGCGCAACGUCUAUGCAAAUCAUCGCGUAUCGCAAGCGAAGAAGGUGCGCGCGGUGGCUAACUCUACUCUAGGAGUGGAGGGGCUCAUUGGUCCCAUACCCCCCUUCUUCGCACGGAAGCUUUACAACGCGCGCAUACAUCCCCAUCUCAUAUCUGCAUGCGUGGUCGACCUCGACGUCAACACCGCAGACCUGCGCGAGCUCGAGGACGUACAGAACACCUUCGCGCGCCGCAUGUCGCGACUGCCCGCCCACACCCAAAUACUUCCGGUGCUGAUGGACCUUGGGCUACGUCCGCUUCGAUACGCCCGUAUGCUGGCUGUCCUGGUGCUACUAGAGGGACUUGUGACCACCGCGCCUGUGGUGCCCAGAGCUGCUCUCGCUUGCUCCGUCGCUCUCGCUCGACGCGGUCAGCGCUCGUGGGCCGGCGAUCUCCACCAUGCCCUCAAGGCACUCCCGGUCCCAGUACAGUGGGACUACCGAGCAACACCUACCGUCGACCGGGUGCGCGACGCGCGAAAGCGUGUUCUCGAGUCGCUACUCCAGUGUGCACAGGCUUGCAUCUCCGGGUCGACAAAGCUUGCCCUCUGGAAGUGGGGUGUCAUGCCAGCCAUUGCUCGGAGGCCGACGCUUGAUGACCUCUUCAAGCUCCGCCCGUACACUGCGAUAGCCCGCAUCUCACAUCGCCGGAACGUCGCCCGCUUGCUCGCA